AUGAAUGUGGUUUGCUGCACGCAGGUACGGCGUGGGGAGCAUCUGGUGCAUGACACGCUGCUGCAGAUACAGAACGCGGGGUCGGCCAUCCGACGGCCGCUCAAGGUGCAGUUCAUUGGCGAGGAGGGCGUGGACGAGGGCGGCGUGCAGAAGGAGUUCUUCCAGCUGCUGAUGCGCGAGCUGUUUGACGCCAACUUUGGCAUGUUCCGCAUGGAUCCGGAGCUGCGCACCUUUUGGUUCCGCGCGUCCAGCCUGGACCUGGCCAUGGAAUUUGAGUUGGUGGGCCUGCUGCUGGCGCUGGCCAUCUACAACAACCACAUCCUCGAAGUCUCCUUCCCCAUGGUUGUCUACAAGAUGCUGAUGGGCAGGGACGUUGGGUUUGAGGAUCUGAAGGAUGUCAGCCCGGAUGUGUACUCCAGCCUGAAGAAGCUGCUGGCCUAUGAGGGCGAUGUCUCAGAGCUAGGCUUGAUCUUUCAGGUGGAGCAGGAGGCGGAUUUUGGGGAGCCUAAUCUGGUGGUGGACCUCAUACCCAAUGGCGGGGACGUACCGGUGACGGCUGAGAAUCGGAAGCAAUAUGUGACCGCCUACAUGCAGCACCUGCUGGUCAAGUCUGUGAAGCGGCAGAGCCAGGCCUUCUGCAAGGGCUUCAAGAAGCUGUGGAGCAAGGAUCUGGUGUUCAAGCUCUUCCAGCCGGAGGAGCUGGAGUGCCUCAUCUGCGGCAGCACUGAACUGGACUUUGCAGCGCUGGAGAGCGCUGUGCAUUACGAGGACGGCUUUGAUGACAAAUCGCAGGUGGUGACCUGGUUCUGGGAGGUGGUGCACUGCUUCAGCGAGGAGCAGAAGAAGCGGCUGCUGUUCUUCGUGACAGGCUCGGAUCGCGUGCCCAUCAAGGGGCUCGCAUCGCUGCAGCCGCCCUUUGUCAUCUCGCGCAACGGCCCUUCCUCCAACCGCCUGCCUACUGCCCACACCUGCUUCAACCACCUCCUGCUGCCAGCCUAUGACGACAAGGCCAUCCUGCAAAAUCGGCUGGAGACCGCGAUCAACAAUGCAGAGGGCUUUGGCCUGAGAUGA